CGCCAAAAUUCAAACUGCCUUGGUGAAGAAGACGGAAGUGUGGCGACUUUCACCUUCUCGGUCUAAUGAAGUUUUCACAACGAUUUCACAACGGCGAGAUCGAAACACAAUAAAGGACGUGUGAUAAACCGAGACCUGACAUAAUAUGAAGGGAUCCGAUCUGCUAUGAACAAGAUGAGGGAGAGUCCCAGGAGACCGAUAAUCCUCAAGAGGAGGAAACUGCCGUUUCAGAGAAACGAGGGCGGUGGGCAGCAGAACAAAUCUUCAACAGCACCCGGAGCGCAGUCCGUCCCAGAUGGCAUUUGCAUCAUGGACCAUCCCACGAUGCCGGACACGCAAGUGGUGGUCAUACCAAAAACCGCCGAUCUUCAGAGUGUCAUCAAUGUGCUGACUGCUAAAGGGAAGGAACGUGGUGUAGAGGGGCCAAACAAGUUUAUUUUGCUGAGUGGAAGCAGUGGAUCUGAGGAUGGAGUCGAAGCUCUGAGCCGUGCCACGUCAGAGAGUAAAAAUCUCCUCGGACCUGAAGCAGGUGUAGCCGGAGAUGCCAAAGCUCUCCCGAGCAGCAGAUUGAAAUCCGAGCAGGACUGCAGUGUGUUAAAUAACAGCCUGACAAACAUCCAGUGGUUGGGGAGAAUGAACACGCAGGUCUCAGGUGCCGAGGUAGAAAAGAAAGAGUCUAAUAAAGAGAAUUUCGACAGCUGUGCACAGCUCCAAGAGCCACAGCACACAGAGGAAGAAGCAGGUGCCGUUAAGGGCCCUUUGUCAGAAAGACCACCAUACUCCUACAUGGCCAUGAUCCAGUUUGCUAUCAACAGCAAGAAAAAUAAGAAGAUGACUCUAAAGGAAAUCUAUAACUGGAUAGAGGACCAUUUCCCCUACUUCCGAAAUGUAGCAAAACCUGGCUGGAAGAACUCCAUUCGCCAUAACCUCUCCUUGCACGAUAUGUUCAUCCGAGAGACCACACCAGACGGCAAGAUCUCCUUCUGGACCAUUAAACCCGAGGCAAACCGCUGUCUCACAUUAGACCAGGUUUACAAGCCUACCGUUGAUCCAGCAGCCCCCUCUUAUCCACAAACCACGCAAAUCUAUUACCCACAACAGCAGAAGCGAGUUAUGGCUGAUCCUAAGAAAGCUACAACCUGCACCACAGAGAGGAAAAUGAAGCCUCUCCUGCCUCGUACGGACUCGUACCUUGUGCCUAUUCAGCUUCCUCUGACUCCUUCUCUCUUCCUGCCCUCCCCGGCAGCCGCGCUCUCUCUGUCCACCCCUCAGCAGAGCACCGCUGCCCCCAACCCCAUCUCCAGAACAGGGUGCAAGAGGCUUUGCAUCGCUCCCAAGGUCCCGAAGAGUGAAUCCAGCGUGGUGGUGAUAUCUACCCCGGUCCCUGAAGUGAAGGAGGAGCGUGUGUGUGUACCCGUCAGUGAACCCUGCAGCAGCAAACGGAAGGAGAUGAGCAGCUCGCGUCGUAAGCAGCGUCUAGUCACACCUUCCACCGAGGAGCCUGUCCUGCUCUUCCCAGACAGCACUUUCUUCGACUCGGGCUUGGCCUCGGACGUCUCUGCCUUCCAGGAAGUGGAGCCGGAUCCAGAGCCCCGGCGUGACCCGCAGCUGGAAGGCGAAACUUUUAAAACGCCCAUCAAAGGGAGCCACCCAGCUUCGUCUACACCCAGCAAGGCGCUGGAGCCAUGGAAGAUCACGCCGCUGGGUAAAGGGAGCCGCAGUGUGCUGGAUUUCAGCCCGAUCCGAACACCGCCGCAGAGGCACGAGCACAGCGGCUUGAGCUUCAGCAGCACGCCUUUCAAAGAGCUGCCACUGUUUAAUUCACCCCGUGAGCUUCUCACUUCCUGUUCCCGUGACCCGCAGACGGCCAACCGCUCGCUCACCGAGGGCCUUGUACUGGACACCAUGAACGACAGCCUGAGCAAAAUCUUGGUGGAUAUCAGCUUCUCGGGGCUGGAGGACGACGACCUGGGCAUGGCCAACCUCAGCUGGUCACAGUUUAUUCCUGAGCUGAAAUAAGCCACAUUAAGGGAAAAAAUUGCCGCUGCUCACAUGCUUUUUCACUGCCUCAAAGUCUAUUUGCUAAUAUAUGUAUAUAUUUUUCCUUGCUUUAUAUAUCUGACUCUCAGCUACACUGCUUUUUGUGCAACAUCCUCUCAGCCUGUCUCCAUGCACAUCGUCAGGGUUUUUUUUUUUUCUUUUCUUUCUUUCUUUCUUUUUCUUAAACUCUUGGGAUUAAGCAGCAGUGCUUGAUUGAGAAUAUCAUGUCUCCCAAUCCUGCUGCACACCAAGUCGAACAUGACCGCCAUCAGCCAGUCUCCACUUGUUUCCAAGCCUUUUUGUUUUUAACUACAUAAGCUGCUUAUGCUGAUUUUCACUGCCUUCACUUCUUCCACAUAUGCAUGUAUCCUUUUUAUUUCCUCACAUCUGUGUGUGUGUGUGUGUGUGUGUGUGUGUGACUCUCCUUUUACUGUACGUAUGUGAAGUUUGAGUCUGUUCAUCACUCCAGCUCCAGAGCGAUGAGCAAGAAACCGUCUGAGGAAUGUAUCGAGGACCCGUUCGAUCCGAUUUGCACAACUUGUAAUAUAUAUGUAUGUAUAUGUAUUUAGGUAUUUUAAAAUAUGUGUAAAUGAGUACAUAGAAUUUAAACAAAUCGUUAAGUAGACACUACUGCACGCAGACGACUUAACCUUGACGAGAAAGGAAAGACUUGCAAUUCAUGCCGAUGGUUUUCUUCUUCUUUUUUUGACACAAUUAUUCCUCUAAUAAUACAGUAGCACAGAAGUGAGAUUUCUGUCUUUUCUUUUUUUACCUUAUGACUUUAACAAUCUUGUAUUGGCACUUGGGUGAUCAUAUGCCAGCAGCUUCCUACUGUAUUUAUGGUGCAGGAUUUCUAGUUUCUAGUCAAGGGCUGGGUGAAGUAAACUGUAACCAAGCACAUCAAACUUUCAUCUCAUCCACACUGAGAAAUCUGAACCCAGUUCAAGAUACAACAUCGAUUUAAAGAAGAAGAAAAAAAAGUGCCACAUUUAUUUAUCAAAGCUUGACUUGCUGUUGAAUUAAGUCAGUCCUCUUUCAGACACAACAUUAGCUUAUUAUUUCCUAGCCAGCAUUUCCAUUUCAUUUCAUAUUAUAUUCACAGACAAACAGCUUUAACAUGAUGUGCAGGAUUCUGUAAUAAGUAAUAAUUUAUAUGUUUAAGCACAUCACCCAGUCCUGGUCUCUUGCAUGCAUUGACUUUUGAUGAAAACAUUUUUUUUGGUUGUGUCAUCACAAUCUAUAUGUAUUGUUUAAAAAAAAAUCUUAUAAAUGAUUAUAAAAAAAAAUAAAUCUGUGUCAGGUCCUUGAUUUCUGCUUUUAUUGUUUAGGCUGA